UUUGCAGGAUUUGUGUGUUAAAGGUGGGAAUGAAACAAAACACAACUCCAGCGUCUGAACCCUGCGGCGGGUACCUGGAUGCCAGCCAGGCGGGGUACAUCACCACCCCCGGGUAUCCUCUGGAGUACCCCCCUCACCAGAACUGUCGCUGGGUCAUCACAGCUCCAGAGCCCCUCCAGCGAAUCGUCCUCAACUUCAACCCACACUUUGAGAUCGAAAAACUGGACUGCAGGUAUGACUAUGUAGAGAUCCAUGAUGGAAACUCUGAGUCUGCAGACCUUCUGGGGAAACACUGCAGUAACAUCGCUCCUGCUCCGAUCAUCUCCUCUGGACCAUCGCUGCACAUCAAGUUUGUGUCCGACUACGCUCACCAGGGGGCAGGCUUCUCGCUACGCUACGAGAUCUACAAAACAGGUUCGGACUGCUCGCGCAACUUCACGUCUCCCACGGGGCUGAUCGAGUCUCCGGGCUUCCCUGAUAAAUACCCACACAACCUGGAGUGCUCCUUCAUCAUCAUCGUGCCCCCCAGCAUGGACGUGACCCUCAGCUUCCUGACCUUUGACCUGGAGAAUGACCCCCUGCCGGGCAGUGAGGGCGAUUGCAAGUACGACUGGCUGGAAGUGUGGGACGGGCUGCCAGGAGUCGGCCCUCUGAUUGGUCGAUACUGCGGGACCAGAGUACCUCCUGAGAUUCAAUCGUCUACCGGGAUUUUAUCUUUGUCCUUCCACACGGACAUGGCUGUGGCUAAAGACGGCUUCUCCGCACGCUACAACAUGACGCAUAAAGAAGUUAGCGAAACUUUCCACUGCAGUAACCCGUUUGGUUUGGAGUCUGGAAAGAUCACAGAUGACCAAAUUACGGCUUCGUCCAGUUUUUAUGAUGAACACUGGCUCCCGAGACAAGCACGACUCAACUACAACGACAACGCAUGGACCCCGAAUGAGGACAGCAACAGGGAGUACAUUCAGGUGGAUCUUCAUGUCCUCAAAGUGCUCACGGGGAUCGCCACACAGGGAGCCAUUUCCAAAGAGACUCAGAAGUCCUAUUAUGUCACUGACUUUAAACUGGAGGUCAGCACCAACGGAGAAGACUGGAUGGUCUACAGACACGGCAAGAACCACAAGGUGUUCCAUGCCAACACUGACCCUACAGAGGUGGUCCUGAAUCGCAUCCCUCAGCCUGUCCUGGCCCGUUUUGUCCGGAUCCGACCGCAAAACUGGAAGAACGGGAUUGCCUUGAGAUUUGAGCUGUACGGAUGUCAAAUCACAGAUGCGCCGUGCUCGGAGCUGCAGGGUCUGAUGUCCGGCCUCCUCCCUGACUCCCAGAUCUCGUCUUCAUCCAUGAGGGACCUGCAUGGCUCCAUGGGGGCAGCGCGCCUCGUGGCCAGUCGCUCAGGCUGGUUCCCCAACCCCACCCAGCCCAUCGCCGGGGAGGAGUGGCUACAGGUGGAUCUGGGCGUCCCAAAGACCGUGCGGGGCAUCAUUACCCAGGGUGCCCGGGGGCUGGAGGGCAGCACCAGUGCAGAGAACAGAGCCUUUGUGCGCAAAUACAAACUGGCUCACAGCCUCAAUGGGAAAGACUGGACCCACAUCAUGGACAGCAAGACCGGCCUCGCCAAGAUUUUCGAGGGGAACAGUCAUUACGACACUCCAGAGGUGCGCAGGUUUGAGGAGAUCGUGGCUCAGUUUGUGCGCGUGUUUCCGGAGCGCUGGUCUCCGGCCGGGAUCGGGAUGAGGAUAGAGGUGCUGGGAUGUGACCUGCCAGAAAGCACCACUGUCCCAGACACAGCCACCCCCACCCUGCCCAAAAUGGAGCAGACCACCCCAGCCAUGAGACCAGCCACCACGCCCUCCUUAUCGGCUGUGUGUGAUUUUGAGUCCAGUCUGUGCGGGUGGUCAGCAGAUCCACAGUCUGGGGUCAGCUGGUCUCUGCACACGGCCAACAGUGGCACCUCAACGGGACACGGCACCCACAGCACCCAUGGGAGCAGGCUCGACCUCACCCAGGCCUCUGACAACCUAUCAGGGAACUACCUCCAUGUGGACGCGGGACCCCACACUCAGAGGAAGCGUGCCCGCCUGCUGAGCCCUGAGGUGGCGCCAGAGUCAGGAACGCUCUGCCUCCUCUUCCACUACCAGCUCCAGGGAGAGGCCCAGGGGAGCCUCAGGGUGCUGCUGCGCGACUCGGACCAGGACGAGACCCUGCUGUGGUCCCUCCGCGGAGACCAGGGGGCGCUGUGGAGGGAGGGACGCACGGUGCUGCCUCAAAGCCCCAAAGAGUAUCAGGUUGUUUUUGAGGGAUUCUUUGAGCAUCCAACAAGAGGGCACAUCCGGAUAGACAACAUUCACAUGAGCAGCAGCUUCGACCUGGAGCAGUGCACACAGCCCCUUCCAGCGCUGACGCCAGGAAUCACCAACCCGAGGCCAAUAGAUUUCGGCAAAGACCCCGUUUUCAACCGCCCGACCAUAGAAGAAGAGUAUGUAUUCCCUGGCUGGAAUUCCUUCUCCACCCCCUCCUCCUCCGACUCCGCCCCCUCCUCUGUCACCGUGGUCUCGGAGAAAGACAAAGACAACGCCUGGCUCUACACUCUGGACCCCAUCCUCCUCACCAUCAUCGUAAUGAGCUCCUUGGGCGUUCUGCUCGGAGCUAUCUGCGCCGGCCUCCUCCUCUACUGCACCUGCUCCUACAGCGGUCUAUCAUCGCGGUCUUCAACCACGCUGGAGAAUUAUAACUUCGAACUGUACGACGGCAUCAAGCAUAAAGUGAAGAUAAACCAGCAGAGAUGUUGCUCCGAAGCUUGAAAACUUGAGAACUUUAUUUGAACAAUGAAAAUCGACAAGCACUAUGUAACUCAAUGUACCUGCUAUACCGCUGAUGUCCAAAAAGGGGGGUCGUCCCAGCUCCUGUGCGAGUCUACGGGAUCUUCUAUCUCCUAUGAGGCCUCAAACUAGAUCUUUGCCUGCAAGCAAGCCUGUGAAUGAAUGAAGGAAUGAACAUUUUAACCGUUUUUGAAUCGUGAAAAACCCACUACCACCAGCCUGAAGCCUAUACAUUAUACAAGAGGAGGAAAUGGACUUACAACCCCCAUGGUGACAAUCUGGACGUUUUGGACUACAAAAAUGGCAGCACAGUCAGAUGGGGCUAGGUUGUGAUACUGCAUGAAGUUUUCAAUACUGUGCCAAAAUAGCAGAGCGCCUCCAAGCUUCAAGUGGGUCAAGACAUAUCAAGUGAAUGCCUAUAGAAGUCUAUCAGAUGUCGCUAACUAGAUUUUAGAUGGAAAAGAACGGACAUUGUCAUCGGUUGUUUUGUUUUUUUAUAUAUAUGAGUUAUAAACAUUUAGGGGAGCUUGCUAUAGCGACCUCCCUCGUCAGUCCGCGCUUUGUGAAUCCAGUGGCAUAGAAAAGUAAGGUUUUUGUUGUAGACUCGUGUCCUCAGAUAAAAAAGAUGUCGGCUUAAGUUCGUAACGCCCUGUAGAGAUCUAUGCGACAUUUUUGUUUAGAUUUUCGUUAGCUUGUGUUGACUCCAUGGUUCAAGUUAGAAGUGACAGUGAUCAGACAAAGCAUUAAGACCACAAAUGUUCACUUUAUAAUAACAUCCAGAAUAUAAAUAAAGGAGUUAUUGGUUAUUUUUCUUUAACAUUUUAAUAAAUAAGGAAGGAAGAUUGUAGACGACCAUAUAACUGGAUCAAACCAGCUGCAGUUUACAGUAGUUAUCAAAGGUGCUUUAGACCUGGGUUAGUCCUGGCUUAGGCCUGGUUUAGACCUGGGUUCAAACUGGUUUAGACCUGGUUUAGUCUUGGGUUAGACCGGAUUUUGGGCAAUUCCUUGUCAGUACAGUGGUUAUGGCUCAUCAGAGGUGCUUUAGACCUGGUUUAGUCUUGGGUUAGACCUAGUUUAGACCUGGUUUCAUACUGGUUUAGAACUGGGUACAUACUUGUAUAAACCUGGGUUAGACUUGGUUUUGAACUGGUUUAGACCAGAUUUUGGGCGAUUCCUUGUCAGUACAAUGGUUAUGGCUCAUCAGAGGUGCUUCAGACCUGGUUUAGUCCUGGGUUAGACCUGGUUUUGUUCUGGUUUAGAACUGGGUUUGUACUUGUUAGGCCUGGUUUAGUCCUGGGUUAGACCUGGGUUAGACAUGGUUUUGUACUGGUUUAGAACUGGGUUUGUAGUCGUUUAGACCUGGUUUAGUCCUGGGUUAAACCAGAUUUUGGGUGAUGCCUUGUCAGUACAGUGGUUAUGGCUCAUCAGAGGUGCUUUAGACCUGGUUUAGUCCUGGGUUAGACCUGGUUUAGGCCUGGUUUCAUACUGGUUUAGAAAUGGGUUUUUCUGUUCUAAAGUAGGAACAGUGGUCAACUAAUGCAAGGUUCACUCAUAAGUAAUGAAGGAUAACCAAUAUUGUCCCAUUCAAGACACUUUUCAGUUCAAGAAACUAUAUAGAAAGUGAGUUAAAAGUGUCAUUAUAUAUAGUAUUUGUCAUAAUGUUUUGACUGAUCUCUGUAUUUCUUUUGCCACAUUUUGCGUUGCUUUCUGGCGUAAAGGAAAUGUCGAGAAUAGACAGAAAAUCAGAGGUUUAUCUUAAUCUAACAUGCUGUUAUGGAGUCGUGCUUUAGAUUCAGUAUUCUAGAGUCUGUCUUUGGUAAACAUAUAUAUUUUUUUGCUUUUCCAAUUCCCCAAUUAUGGACAGACACUGUGUGGAAAAAUGUCAUGUGAUUGUUUUUAUUGCAACCUAUGGAUUGCCAAAGAAGACAAAGAAAGGUCUAUAUAUUGGUGGACGUCAAAUGGACCGAACCAUCUCAUCCUUGUGUCCACCGAUCAAAGAAAGAAUGAAGGAUUUAUAACGAAGGAGAGUGGUCCCGUCAACUUUCUUGGACACAAAUGAGCCUUAAGCUAACUACAGUAUAACGCUGUAUCGGAGGACAGCCAUUGAAGAGGGCCAGUGCUGUGGGAAAGACUGAAAACUCACAUAUACACAAGCACUCACACUCAAAAGUUUGGACACGUGUUUUAAUUUAAUGGGCUUUUUUCCCCCAUAUUUUCAUGACUAUUUACAUUGUAGAUUCUCACACAACGACAUCAAAACUAUGAAUGAACACGUGUGAAAUGUAGUAAACAAAAAGGUGUGAAAUAACUCAGAACAUGUUUUAUAUUUUAGAUUCUUUAAAAUUGUCACCCUUUUUUGUAAAUGUUUGCAGUACUAUUGACAAAGCAAAGGGUGACUACUUAGAGGAAUCUAAAUGAAUCUUUGCUACAUAAUCCCAUACUUCUUACUUCAUAUAUUUGAUAUCUUCAGUAUGUAGAAAAAAUGCUUAACAAAAAUGUGUGUCCAGACUUUUGAAUGCAGUGUAAAUACACAGAUAAAAUACAUGCACUUCAUAACAGUGGAGACUUGGGUAUGUUUACAUGCAAUCAAUGUGAUAGUAGUUUUAUUUCGAAAGAUGUUUGCAAAAUGGACCUAUAUGCCCCAUUUUAAAUAACUAUUACUGUAUAUAAUGCAAGAUUUAUCUUCGACCAUAUUAAUAUAUAACAUAGUAUCAGGUCGGUUUGGUUCAUAGGGUGAACUCAAAACUAUGAAUGUAUGAACAUUUAUUGAUUUGUUAUUAUCAGUAUUGAAAAGUCUUAAUAACUAAUCUUUUGAACAAGCUUUUCUUUACAAAUUCAACACACAACUCACAAUUCAAAAAUCUAAACUGGGACUAAACUGAAACUGAAACCAGAGCUAAACCUGGACUAGACCAGAACUAAACCAGGACUAAACCUUGAUUAGAACCAAACCAAGUCUAUUUCAGGCUAAACUGGGCUCAAACCAGUGCCAAAUAAAGACUAGUGCCCCCAUAAAAGUCAUAUUUUCUCAGGGUUGCCGCAUUCGUAACAUCCAUUUAUGUAUUAGAGUUCACUUAUGAGUUCAAACAUAACAAAAAUACAUUUCAUCAUACAUAAAAAACUAUUAUUAUUAUUAUUAUUAUUAUUAGACAGUAGCAGCCCUGCUUGGGGUCAGACUAAUUCAUAAGCUCUUAGUUUGACCCUUUAGACCUCACUGGUUUAAAUGUCCACCUACCUCUUGCAUUGGAAAUAGUAUAUUAUAUUUUAGACAUAAAAAACAGACUUUUCCCACAUUUUUACUAUAUUUAGUUUUGGCAGCUUUAUUUUCUACCAGUUUUGAUGAACUGAUUAUUUGCAUGUAAACAUACCCAAUUGCAUAUAGGCCUGAGGUACAGUGUAAAAGUGAGAUGAAUUUUAUUUUUGCACUGUACAGUUUGGGGCUUAGCUUAAUCAAAUAUAAUGCAAAUGGAGGCUGUUCAGUGGUGAGAGAGUGAGAGAGACACGUUCAGAAAAAAAUAUAAAAACCCAAAUAUGACAAAAUGUGCAAAAUAAACUGCAAAAUGACUGUGUUCUGUGCCAGUUUAAAGGUGCAGGCUUUUAUAGUGAUUGUGAACAACAUGGCCGACUUGUGGGGUUAAGACAACUUGUAAUGAAUUAUCAAUGAGCUAAUUAAUAAUAACUAUAAACUUAAGUCUUCUUCUGCACAGAUAACUAGGGAUGCACCGAUCUGAUACUGGUGCCUGAAAUCUGCACCGAUCCUGGAAAAUAUGCUUGAUCAGCUAUCAUCUUCAGAUAUCCUGUUUGGAUAAAGUGAUGUAAUAAGACUGUUUACUAGUCGUACUUACCCCAGAAAGUCUCAGAAUUGAUGGAUACACAACAGCUAUAGCACAUUUGGGUAUUAUUUCAUUUUUGUUUAAAGGAAGUAAAUGCUGUUUUGUGUUUCUGCACGGGUAUCUGUUGAUAUCAGGUAUCGGCAAAUACUUAAAGCUACAAUAUCGAAAUUGGUGCAUCCCUAAAAAUAGCACGUUGUUCUAUGUCUAGCAUGUUAACUAUUAUCAUACAUUCAAAUACUUCAGCAAGUACUUCAGUGUUUUGCAAAAAAAUUCUGCAUUUCAUCAACUUCAACAAUUCGUUAUAAUUCGUUUCAUAAUAAUAAUAAUAUCAAUAUCAAAAUUAUAAUGUAUGUGAACCUAACACUACUGUCACUGUGCAUUAUGGUGCUCAAAAAGUACAUUGUUUAUAAGUACAGCCAUCAAAAGUUUACAAUGACGGUGAAUUGAAUCAAGAACACAUUAUAUGGAAGGAUGUAUAGGAGGAGUUGAAUCUAAUGCACGUUUAUAUCCAAGUGCCUUUGGAGCUGUUUUGUGCCUCUCUCACUCUUUACAGUAACUUACGGUAAAUAAAGCCUUCAUUCAAAUAUAUUUACUCCCGUCUGUUUAAGUAUUACCUCUUGGUCGUCAUAGAAACACACACCACAUCCGUCACUCACAUCGACGGCACUGGCCAGAAACUCAACUGUUGUUUGUAGACUUUGUACAGAAAACUUUCUUUUUUAAUGUUAUUAUUAUUUAAUA